UUGUAGUUUUGCAUAAAAGGACCUGAAAUGACCCUCAUUUCAAGAAAUAGAUUUUGCACAUUAUUGUUAUGCGUAUCGGAAAUACAUAUUGGAAAAGUGUCACUUUCAUUUCAAAAUGUGUAAAAGUGAGCAUUUUUUUCGUGUUACUUUCCAAACGGGUAUAAUUCUACUGCUGUCGCUACUGCACGUGGGAACAUCGUUAAACAUCAACAAAAAUGGCACACUGAGCAACUUGAGCGUGGUUAAAAUAAAUUUUUCCGACGCAAUACAUCCGCUUGAUCUUGUUGAAGGCGAUAUCAUUGGCCCCCUGCCUAAAAUUGGGAGAUCAGGGAUAAUCGACCCCAGUGCCAGAUGGCCAAGUAACACCGUGGUUUACGAAUUUGACCCAAAUUUUCCUGCUGCUUUCCGCUCUACAUUUAAUAAAGCAAUUAAACAUAUCACUGGACGAACUUGCGUCAUAUUUAAGGAACGCAUGGCGGAGAAUGACUACAUCUUUGUGACCCAAGGGUUGGACUGUAGUUCGUCCAUUGGUAAUCGUGGGAAUCGUCAAGUGCUUUCACUUGGGACUCAGUGCGCCGACCUAGCCACGCAUAUUCAUCACUUGGUGCAUGUUAUUGGGUUUGGUCAUGAGCACAACCGAUCUGACAGGGACGAAUAUAUUACCAUCAAUUACGCCAACAUGGAUCCAAUUAACCGUCCCAAGUUCGAUACGUAUCCCGACGCAGCGUAUUCUGUAUUUAGCGUUCCUUACGAUUACGGAUCAAUUACCCACUAUGGUCCAAAAGUAAUGUCUGCUAAUGGGCAGCCCACCAUCACGCCAAAACAGGUGGGAGCAAUUAUCGGAGAAGCUAAUGCCCUAAGUGAUUUGGACAUUAAGAAAAUUAACAACAUGUAUUGUAGUGGGUCAGUGGGUAUGAUGAUUCGAAGCGUUUAUGAUGACCGUUACUUGGAUGUCAAGGGAGGAAUCACUGCACAAGGGAAAGAAGUCAUUUUGAGCAAGCGAAAAUAUCAUAAUGAAGAUAGUCAGACGUGGACUGCAAAUUGGGUGGACUUAGGUACAAACCGAGGUGCCACUUUCGCCAACUGGGCGCAAGAUGGUGGUCGUUUGAAAGUGUUGGAUGAAGAUGUAGUCACCGGAGCAAUUGCAACAUGGGGGUAUGCGUCCGGUUCUCGGAAUCAAUAUUGGAAGCUCAUAGAUCAAAAUCCUCCAACUUCACCUGGAAGCUCGAGUCAGACGAACUAUAUGAUAGAGAACCUUGCAAGUGGCCGAUGUCUGUCGGCCCCCACAGCCAAGUGUGCCCACCUCAACUUGAUCGAGUUCUUUUUCAAGAAGCUCAUUCAUAACAAUUGUAAAGAUGGUCACGCUCGAGCCGUACCUUGUGACAGUUCUAAUGAGAAGCAACUUUGGAAAAUUGACUUUGUGUAAACGAAAUAAACGAGUCACAUUGUGACGUGUGAACUGAAA